AUGGAUUUAGAUUCUGAUUUUAAGAAUUUGAUCUUAAUUAAUCGUUACAAAUUUAUUAAGUUCUUACAAAAGGGCAGUUAUGGUAAAGUAUUUAAAGCUUUAGAUUUAACUAGUAAUAAAUUUGUUUCGAUUAAAUUAAUUCCAUUAGAAUUUUCUAAAGUAGCCAAACAUGAAAUUGAAAUGUUAAAGAAAUUGAAAGGUAAUGAGAAUAUCUGUCAAUUACUUGAUAAUUUUAGAUUGAAAUCUAUUUAUAUUGUACUUGAAUUUUGUAAUUUUGAUUUAUUUGAAUACUCUAAAACUCACAUAUUUAGUUCAAUUGAUAUUUUCAAUAUUGCAAAACAAUUGUACAAUGCCAUUUCUUAUUGUCAUGGUAGGAACAUUUAUCAUAGAGAUUUGAAACCAGAAAAUAUUUUGAUUAAUACUUCAACAAAUCAAAUCAAAUUAUGUGAUUGGGGUUUAUCAACCACCAAAAGAAUCAAUAAUGAGUUCAAUGUUGGUACUGAAAAAUAUAUGGCACCUGAAGUUUUCAUUAAUAAUUAUACCUCAUUGAAUUUAAAGUAUUAUGAUGCAAAAUACGUUGAUUAUUGGUCAUUUGGUUUAACUUUAAUCACUUUAUUAUUUGGGAAAUCUCCAUUUAAAAGUAUUAAGUUAAACGACAACAGCUCGUUAAUUAAUGAUUCAAAUUAUAAGAAAUUUGUUUUAUUUAACGAAAAACAAAUCUUAUUUGAUAUUUACCCAAACUUAAAUAACAUUGGUUAUAGAAUAUUCUUGAAUUUAUUCAAGAUCAAUGGAAUUGAUGAUAGUUUAGGAUUUAUGAAUAAGAUUAAACAAAGAAAUUUGAAGAAAUUUAUGGUAGAAUUAGAGAAUAACUAUAAAUUCGGAUUAACUUUAGAUGAAGAAGAAUUUGAUUUAGAUUCCAAUUAUUCAUAUUCUUCAAGUUUAAAUUAUUCUCCAACUUUAACUUAUUCUCCCAAAUUUUCACCUAAAUUACCUCAUCAUUCUCAUUCCCAUUCAAACUCUUUUAAGAAGAAAGAUAAAUUCAAAGAUAUUAAGAUCAUUGAAAAUGAAAUUACUGUUGAUGAUUUUACAAACUUAAAUUGGUUUGAUUAUUAG